AUGAAGGGCAUCGGAUUUGCAAGAUGCACUCAGGAGCAGGCGGUAUACACAAGGAGUAACAGAGGGGAUACACUCAUUGUUGGCGUGUACGUAGAUGACUUGAUCGUUACGGGCUCGAGGGCGGAUGAGAUAAAGUUUUUCAAGCAACAAAUGAUGAAGGAGUUCGAGAUGAGUGACCUAGGGUUACUUUCCUAUUAUCUUGGCAUCGAGGUGGAUCAGCGAGAUGAUUGUAUUGCACUAAGGCAGGCGACCUAUGCGAAGAAAGUUUUGGGUCAGUUCGGCAUGAUGGAUUGCAACCCGACCCAAUAUCCUAUGGAAACAAAGCUAAAGCUUGGAAAGGAUUCUGAAGAAACACCAGUGGACGUGACUGAGUAUAGACGCAUUAUCGGAUGCUUAAGGUAUCUAACUCACACUCGACCUGAUAUCACAUAUGCCGUGGGGAUUGUGAGUAGGUACAUGGAGCACCCUACAGUUUUGCAUAGACAGGUUGUCAAGCAUAUUUUGAGGUACGUGAAGGGUACUAUGUCCUACGGAUUGGUGUACAAACGAGGUCGAGGCAAGCGUGCCAAGGUUUGUGGUUGA